AUGAAGUUCAGCUCAUGGGUACUCCUUCUCACAUCGGGCCUCGAUCUGGUCCAAGGUUUGCAGAUUCCUCUCGGGCGAGCAAAGGAUAGCUUCGCAGGCAAGCUCCAUAUCAUCUAUGGAGACUGCAAUCUCGAAGAGGCGGCCGAUGCGACCCACAGGGUAGGCAGCUUUGACGUGCAAGCAGGGGCGCAUCCGGAUCGCCUCGUAUGGAUCGUACCCGAGAAUGCACAGGAAUCACAGUGUCUACUUGCCUUUCACGGUUGCGCGAUGGUCGGCCGGUCGCCUCCUAUCUCCCUCGAUCAAGCGUCCCAUAACCCUCAAGAAGAAUCUCAGUUCGACAAAGAUUCUGUGAUCUGGUUCGACGGAGUCGAAUACAUGCGAUCGCAACCCCACGCCAGGGCGGUAGUAGACAGCGUUGCAGCGAAGAACUCCAGUAUCGGUAUUGUGGGCGCAGGGAUUGCGGGACUUUUGACCAGUCACUUGCUGAGCUCGGUCGGGGUCCACAACUGGCAUAUCCAUGAGGCAUCACGGCGCUCGGGGGGACGCAUCCGAACCGCAUACCUCAAUGCCACCUCGCCCGAGGAUUAUCAGUAUUUCGAUAUGGGUCCCAUGCGGCUGCCCAGCAAAAUCAGGUACACCGGUACAACCGAGGUCCUGCCGUUCGAGGACCAUCGGCUGGUGAUCAGUCUUAUCGCCAAGCUCAAUCGACUCAACGCAGACCACCACCCAGAAUUGCAGAUGGAGUUUCUUCCUUUCGAACUCAUGCCUGGUGAAGAAGAACCGAGCCCUACGCUCAAAGACCUUGAUGUCGACGAGCAGCAGAAGUAUACCGAGUUCUUAGCGGAGAGGAUGUAUCGAGCACAUAAAAGUGCAUUGUCUGCUGGCAGUCCACACUGGUCAGAAGGCGCAUACCUGCGCCAGCUGAUUAGCCCGCAGAACCAGAUGAUAAACUACAUCGCCGACAACGACGACACGCCUAUCUGGGAAAGCUUGUAUUGGAACAAGUAUUUCUCUGCUUCCUCCUGGCAAACCCUUGACAAAGGAUUCGAAUCGCUCCCGAGGGCAUUUGCGCCCCAUAUUGCCGGCAAAAUCACGCUGAACCGUCGCAUUCACGGACUAGAUUACAACGAAUCGACAAACAAAAUCUCUCUGCUGUGGCGCAACGACCCACAUCACCAUGACUUUGUCGCCGAAGAGUACGACUAUGCUGUCGUCGCUGCUCCAUUCAGUAUGGUUCGGGCUUGGGAGUUGCCAAACUAUUCCGAGCUUUUGGAUAGAGCCAUUCAUGAACUGCAUUUCACACAAGCCUGUAAGGUUGCUUUGCACUACCGGACGCGUUUUUGGGAGGAAGGGAACGACCCACAAUACAGAGGCUGCGCCAGCGUAGGGUACCCCGGCGCUGGUGACAUGUGCUAUCCCCCGUAUCAAGUGAAUAGCACUGGUCCGGCAGUGGUGCUGGCCACCUUCACGACUGGCAACUUGGCCCGAACAAUGUCUGCAUUAGGAGAGGUAGAUCAUGUCGCCUUAGCACAGCGAGGGAUGGUUCACCUUCAUGGGAAGGUUGCGGAUGAGGAAUUCACCGGACUUCAUGAACGCCUGUGCUGGGAAGACGAUGAGUUUCAGGGAGGAGCCUGGGCAUCACCGCUCGGCAACCAACAAGAGAGAUUCUUACCUGCAAUAUAUCGGACUGAAGCCAAGACAGUCUUCAUCGGAGAGCACACAGCUUAUACACACGCGUGGCUAUCAUCGGCGGUAGAUUCGGCUUUUAGAGGCACGAUCCAGCUCUUGCUCGAUCUGGGACUGGUAGACGAGGCGCGGGAGAUUGUGGAGUCAUGGGAAGCAAGAUGGAUCAAGUUAUAA